AUGUUGCACGUGGAGAUGUUGAUGCUGGUGUUUCUGGUGCUCUGGAUGUGUGUGUUCAGCCAGGAUCCCGGCUCCAAGCAGGAUCGCUGUGCCGUCUACUGGAACAGCACCAACCCCAGAUUCCAAAGGGGUGACUACCACAUUGAUGUCUGCAUCAAUGAUUAUUUGGAUGUGUACUGCCCUCACUAUGAAGAUUCAGUGCCAGAAGAUAAGACUGAACGCUACGUUCUUUACAUGGUGAACUUUGAUGGCUAUAGCUCCUGCGAUCACACCUCCAAAGGAUUCAAGAGGUGGGAAUGCAAUCGGCCUCAUUCCCCGAAUGGACCAUUGAAGUUCUCAGAAAAAUUCCAGCUCUUCACUCCCUUCUCACUAGGAUUUGAGUUCAGGCCAGGCCGGGAAUAUUUCUACAUCUCUUCUGCAAUCCCAGAUAAUGGAAGGAGGUCCUGUCUAAAGCUUAAAGUCUUUGUGCGGCCAGCAAACAGCUGUAUGAAAACUAUAGGUGUUCAUGAUCGUGUUUUCGAUGUUAACGACAAAGUAGAAAAUUCAUUAGAACCAGCAGAUGAUACCGUACAUGAGUCAGCCGAGCCAUCCCGCGGUGAGAAUGCAGCACAGACACCGAGGAUAUCCAGCCGGCUUUUGGCAACCCUACUGUUCCUCCUGGCGAUGCUUUUGACAUUAUAG